AUGUCUUCGCAUACAAAACAAUGCCUGGCGGAGAUAAACAAAUCUAUCAACUCCAUCAAACCCGUCCUUGAGCAGAUUGAUUCUCUUGAAAUUCCCAGCGCUGGUCUUCCACUGUUGACAAGUAAAUCAAACACCCUAUCUCAAUAUAUACACCACCUUGCCCUCCUAUCCACCUUCAGGCUUCAGAAAUCCUCCAUUCAAUCAAGAGGCGCUGCUCAAAUCCAAUCCGGCGAUCUAGUCGACGAUCUUAUCAAGCAGCGCAUCGUACACGACAAGACGCGUGCUCUCCAAUCCAAGCUGCGUUAUCGAAUUGAUAAGUUGAUUGGAGCAGCUAGUGGUGAGGCUGUGCAGGAUUCCACAUCCAUCGAUCCACUCGCUUUUAAACCAAAUCCAUCUGCACUCAUCGACAAGCGCAGGAAUGAGCCAGAUGAGCCAGAUGAAGACGGUGCUGAGCAUUCAGGCGUAUAUAAACCACCUAAACUCGCUGCCGUUCCUUAUACUGAUCCUGAAAAGGCUCCACGGAAAGAUAAGAAGGUUAUUCCACAGGCUAUCCUCCCUGAGCUGGUUGGCGGGAUGGAUGUUACCCAGCAGUCUUCCACCGGUCUUGGCACUGUUCCUUCCAAGCUUUCCUCUAAACGUGCACGGGAAUUACAGCAUAUCAACGACUACGAAGAAGAAAACUUCACCCGUCUGGUGCAGAACAGGAAGGAAGGUAAUAGGAGAUUGCGCGAUGAGGCUGAUAUCGCUCUCGGUGGUGGUGGUGUGUUGAAGGGAAGGCGUGUUGGUGGAUUGGAUGGCGAGUUCGAUGACGUUCUCCGCGCUGUCGACUCGAAACCCAAGAAAAGCGGGAAUAAGACACCGAUCUACGAUGAACUCGAUAAGAUGGCUAAGAAGGGCAGUGCUCUCGAUAGAGCUAAGGCUGUGAAUAGCAAAAGACCUCACUCUGAUAACUCGGAUAUUCACUCGUCAAAUGCUAAACGUGGUAGAUUUGAUCGCCAAGUGGGUGAUGCAGCGCGCAAGCAGAAGAAAAGGAGGGGAUAG